AUGCUCAACGCCCUGGUUCGAGAGCGAUGCAACGAGACCGUUCUUGUCCCGACUAUGACCUAUGCGCUCAUCAAUAUCAUGUCAGAACAGAAGAUCCCCAAGUUGGAUCACCUGAGGCGCGUUGCUAUGGGCGGCUCACCCGUCAGCGAGAAGAACUUAGAGGACUGUUGGACCAAAGUAGGCUUUGAACAGACGGUGGAGGAAGCAAUCAUUCACGGCAGUCCAUGCUGCGGUGAGGUUGGGCUGGGCUGCAGUGUCAAGAUUUGCAGCCCCGGCGCGACAACAGCCGUGGGAAUCAACGUUCCUGGAGAGUUGCAUAUGGCAGGGCCCACGGUUAUCUCGGGCUAUCUUGGUGGGCGCAACAAGGUGGACUUUUACGUGGAAGAUGGGAAGCAAUGGUUCAAGUCAGGAGACCAAGCUGUCAUGGACAAGCAGAACCGAAUCGCUAUCGUCGGGCGAUAUAAGGACAUGAUCAUCCGAGGAGAGAACAUCUCACCGAACGCGAUGGAACAAGUUCUCAACACGGUAGACGGGAUAGAGGCUUACGUCGUUAGCACAGUGGAUGAAAUAGCAGGCGAGGUUCCCGUGAUAGUCUACGUAGGCCGAUCAACACCCACGAAAAAGUUUCAAGAGCUCUGCCUCGGGCGAAUGGGGCCAAGCUAUGUCCCCGCAGCGUCGUAUCGUCUCUCUGACUUGGAAUUGUCUGACUUCCCGAAGAAUCUCACCGGGAAAGUGCUCAAGGACAAGUUGGCUCAGAUAGUCAAAGAGCAUAGGGCCACGGCCACAGUGCCGCAAGUUAGCUCCCCCAAAAGAGAAAACAACAGCUCUGAUGGCACUCCCUAUAUUGUCACAGUCACUUGGGCGAGUCUCCUUGGUAUACAGCCGGAAGAUCUCGAUCUUCAAUCGCAGACCGCGUCAUUUGCAGACAGUAUCAACAUGAUGGGAUUCCGCCAGAAGAUCAAACAGGAGACCGGAAAGAUCCUCACAGUUUAA